UAAUUCUCAGAAAACUAUUAAUUUUCUUGAAUGUAAACUUGAACUGAUAUCUGAAACACUAAUCUGAUAGUUCAUAGCUUGAUUUAUUUUUGGGAUACUUCAUUUUGAAAUCAUAACUACUUUAGGUUGUAGAAGUAAUUGCAAUUAAAAUCAUAUUGACUUGUUUUUUUGAGUAGAAGAUGACUUGAAAAGAAUCUGAGCUUUGCACAGAAUCUCAGCUUCUUAGUCCUACAGAUACCAAAUCCUUCUGGGAAUUUUCUUUAUCUGUAUCUUCCUGGAGAGCCAUUGAAAUGGAUGGAGAGCAAAAUUUGAUUGCUGGUAGGGCCUCUUAUGCAUGUGGGGAUUGACUAACUUUUAUUCAUAUUUUACUUGUAUUAUGAUUUGCGUGUCAACCAAGUACAUUGAAGGAACUUAUCUAGGAUGAUGACUUUCCACUGGGCUUGCGUCUUGCUGCCAUUAGUAUAGCAGCUAAUCAUGAGAUUGGAAUGCAAUGUUGCUCUUGAGAAGCAACAUUCUGAAUUCCAAUUGCAUUGCACACUACAUAAUUCUAAAUUGCAAUCUAAGAUAAAUGAGCUGGAGGAAGUAGAACAAAAUACGAAAGAGGGAAAGCUUUCUAAUAGUUUAGAUCAUUCUUUAUCCGACUCCAAUGAGAGGCUGGAUUCUGCAAAGAAGGAGCUUGCUUCUAAGUUAAGGGCUAUUAUGUCACUAAAACGGAGUCUUGAUAGUGUACCUUCACAAGCUGAACUCAUUCAGUAUGAACUCCGCCUCUCUGAACUUAAUACCCAUAUUCAGGGAAAGCAUUGUCAAACUCAGAAAUACUAUGCUACUUUUAACACAUUGUUGGAAAUCAAAGAAUUGAUGCUAAAGGAAACAUCUUUACUAAAUUCCAUUAGUUCACAGUUCCAAAAUGCUAUUACUAGCCCUGCAGGUCGGGAGAAACUUAUUUCUUCCAUGGAGGGAAUUUUGCAGGGAACUCAACAGAAACUGGAAAAAGUACAACUUGCACUGGAAUCAGAGAUGGAAGUUCGUGAAAUUCGCAAGGCCAAGUAUGUUUCAACUAUUUCUGAACAAAGAAAGUGCAAUUCCCUUCUAAAAACUCUCCAGGUGGAACGUGCAAAGAACGAGAGACUUUGUCAGCAGACAUCAGAAAGCGCCCCCAGUGGCAUGCGAGAGAAGUUAUGAUUUUCGUCACUUCAGAUGAAAGUAUUGUUGCAGCAGUAUAAAAGGUCCGGUUUAAAACCGGGGAGAAGUGAAACUGGAGAGUUGAGUAUGCUAUGCUACUGAUGAUAAGCAAAGGGCAGCUUGAGCCUGGUCUGCAAAUGCAGAAUGAAUGUAUGUAUGAAUUCAGGCUAUCAAGGUAUGUUGAUUUGUGUUGUGAGCAGCAUGAAUAAUGUAUGUUACACAAUAGUAACAACAGAUAUGAACAUACAACAAUAAUAAUCCAAUGUGUUGUUUGUGUUUGAAGAGAUUUAA